UCAUAUGUUUCCAUACAGGGCGGUGACCUCUAUCAUGCGUUUUCUAUUGCAUAGGCAGUUGUUCGAUAGCAAUGUUUACUUAUUUUUAGUUGAAUUAGGAGAAGUAGUGUAAUGAUAUUUUCAGUUUUCAUCUCAAAUUGAGCAUAUUUCCAUAAGGUGGAAUGAAAUAGCAUAUUGUUUAUAUUAUAUAUACUGAUAACUCAUUAACAUCGUGUUGCGUGAAUAUUCUAGAAUUGAUUUCAAAUUAUUAUUUGUUUCCUGUUUCUCAAUCAAUUGAGGAAUAAAUAGUAAGGAUAUUUAAGAAGAGAUAUUGAACUUUUUUUUUAUACUUACUGGUUAGUUCGUCUAAACAACUUAUAUAUUUCUAAAUAUUAUGUUUUGAUUUUACACAAACAUGACUAUCUUACCAAAGAAGAAAAACUCUCAACAAAAGUCUGAGACAGAAAAGCCUGCUGACUCAGUCAAUCAUAAUUAUACUAACGAAAGUCAUGGACACUCUGCACAUCCUCCAGAAAGUAGAGAAAGGUUUAAUUUUACGACUCGAACUUCUCCUCCUGCUUGGCCUCUGCAUUCAUCUCGUGAAGAAAAAAGGCCUUCUCAUUCUCCAGGACAGGGAUUCGAUGAAUAUGGAAGUAGUGACUCAGGGCCAAGCCAUUCAAAACGGCGUCACCAGACCUCUCCACACCGCAGUGUCAGGAAAGCUCGUACUCAUUCUAAUCAUUCAUUAAGAAGUGCUGGCAGCCCCCUGACCUAUCCUCCUCUUGCUGGCCCUUCCCAGGUUCAAGUUUCUGUUCAGGAAAGACAAAAUAAUAAUGUCCAAGGUAACGCUUCUGAGUGCCAAGAUGAUCCAUCUGGAUAUAAUAGUGGAGAUGAAUAUGAUCGUUCCUUAGACAACAUGACCGAAGAGGAGCUGCUAGAAAAAGAAAAGAUGUUUGAAGAAAGGUUAGGGAAAAAAGGAUAUUCAAUUAAAAAGAUGGGUGAAGACGGAGCUUGUAUGUUCAGAGCUGUGGCUGACCAAAUUUACGGAGACCAAGAUAUGCAUGCAGCAGUUCGAAAAUUAUGCAUGGAUUACAUGGCUAAAAAUUCUGAUUAUUAUUCGCAGUAUGUAACUGAAGAUUUUGAAAAAUACGUUCAACGUAAAAGAAGUGACCAUAUUCAUGGAAAUCAUAUAGAGAUGCAGGCUAUGUCUGAAAUGUUCAACAGACACAUCGAAGUUUAUCAUUACAGUUCUGAGCCCAUCAAUAUUUUCCAUGGUUCUCAAAAAACUGAUAAUGAACCAAUACGGCUCAGUUAUCACAGAAAUGUCCAUUAUAACUCCAUAGUCGACCCAUACAAAGCAACCAUUGGUGUUGGAUUGGGUUUGCCUUCUUUUAAGCCUGACGUAAUGAACAAAUCCUUAAUUACAGAUGCAAUAAGAGCUUCUGAAAACCUUCAGCUUGAACAAGCCAUGUUGGAAGAUAAAUUGCGAGCAACAGAUUGGGAAGCCACAAAUGAAGCGAUAGAAGAGCAGAUUGCCAGAGAAUCUUAUUUAGAAUGGCUCAGGGACAAUGAAGUUAAGUCUCGAAAGAAAAAUGGACGUACUGCAACAGCAACUAGCAGCUCCAGCUUAAUGGAUUGCUACUCUGGCAGCUUGUCACCACAGUCCAACAAUCGAACACACACAAAGUCAAGGUGCUCUACUUCUGCUUCUUCGAGUCCCAAAAUAUCUGAUUGUCAUGCUGCUGAUAAAAAAUCAAAAACGCCUGAAGCUUGUCAUGGUGGUACUUCUUUUGAUGAUGCUUUAUUUGGAAAAAAAGAAGUAGAUGGAAUGGCCGGUAGCUGUGCCUCCUCCUCUGGUAAUAAUGAAUUUAUGUUGGAUGAAUCUGCUUCAUUUCUCAAUGAACUUCCACCAUCUGUGUUCGGUUUAAGUGAAUGGGAAGAGUCUGGUAUAUUAGCAAAAGUUCUUGCCGAGUCUCAGCAAGAAUAUAUUGAUUCCUUGAAGCGUACCAGUACCAACUAAUUUAACUUCAUCCGAUUAAAUACCUAUCAUUAGCUUUUUGGUAUUUUUACCGUGACAUUUCUUUCUGUGCUCACUAUAGUUCAGUCAAAACUUUUUCUAUUUGACUCUACUUCUUUUACUGUGAUGUCAUGAAAGCAUGGCCAGAAUUGAAUCAUAAAAUUAUAAGAAUUAUAUGUAUAAAAAUAUUUUUUUCUAGUUAUGCUUCUGUUGUAUUUGAUUAAAAAGACACUAUGUAAAUUUAUCAGAAAGGAUUUGAAACAUUGCAGAGGGUUGGAAAAUUGCUGUCUGUUCUUCAUAGUGUUACUUUCCUUGCUUUUUAAGUGCAGUGUGGAAAUAUUGUUAACUCUUUGUAUUUAAAAUCAGAAUAAAUUUAGAUAAAAAAAAUUAA